CAAUAUAUAUAUGUAUGUAUUUUUAUAAAAAAAAAAUUAACCGUUUUAGAUUUUUUGUAACAGUCGCAGGGCAGUUGAAAUGGCUGCAGCCGUUUUGGAAAAAGAUAAAAAUUUGUUUCUGCAGAGCUUCACGCAAAAAAAUGUGCUCAUCAACUUAUCUUCCAGUCUACAUGACAGCAAAUUGCGGAAGUAUUUUAUACUUGGUAUUGGAUUCCAUCAUGCCGGGCUAACAUUAGAAGACCGCAUACUCGUCGAAGAUUGUUUUCGUAAUCGGUUAAUAAUGGUUCUGUUAUGUACCAACACUUUGGCCAUGGGUGUUAAUUUACCGGCACAUUUAGUCGUCAUCAAAUCUACUGAGUUUUAUUGCCGUGGGAAAUUAGAAGAAUAUUCGGAAAGUACACUGCUCCAAAUGAUCGGAAGAGCUGGAAGACCUCAGUAUGAUAAUAAAGGAGUUGCAGUGAUUCUUACACACAAUAAAAAUGUGGUAAGUUUAUUAAAAUUAUUUGAAGACAGAAAAGUUUACUGAGUCGUAAUUUUACUAUUAUUCUAUAUAAUAG